AUGGCAAAUGAACGCACACCAUUAAUCACCACCGUUGUCAUCGGCCCUGUUCGCCAAAGAUACCCCCAUCGAACUAUUCGCCGGUUUUGCUCCGUCGCCUUAGGUUCAUCUUUAAUUGCUCUCUUUAUUGUAUUUUUUGUCACCCUCGUCUUCGCACCACACCACACCACACAUCGCCACUGGCCUGGCCAUAAUAAGACCCGUCUUACCUAUGACGACCUGAAGGGCAUUCUCUUAGAUACUCCCAGCCCAGCUAAAGCCGCCGAAUGGAGCAAGUACUACACUUCUGGCCCACACCUGGCCGGCAAGAACUUGUCCCAGGCCGAAUGGACGAGGGAUCGUUGGAAUGAAUGGGGAAUCAAAUCAGACAUCGUAGCAUAUGAUACCUAUAUCAACUAUCCCGUUGAUCAUCGACUCGCUCUUUUAGAGAAGUCCAAAUCAGACUCUUCUAAUCCUGGCACUUGGAAAGUCGCAUUUGAAGCCACCUUGAAGGAGGAUGAGCUCGAGGAAGAUUCCACGACCCAACUAGAGGAAAGCAUCCCAACUUUCCAUGGCUAUUCCGCAAGUGGCAACGUUACUGGUUCUUUUGUCUACGUGAAUUACGGCACUUAUCUCGACUUUGAGGAUCUCCUUGAAGCUAACAUUAGCCUUGCUGGUAAAAUUGCUGUCGCUCGCUAUGGAGGCAUCUUUCGAGGUUUGAAGGUCAAGCGAGCUCAAGAGCUUGGCAUGAUCGGUUGUGUCCUCUUCACCGACCCUGGUGAUGAUGGUGAAAUUACCGAGGCAAAUGGCUUUGACGCAUAUCCAAAUGGUCCCGCACGGCACCCCAGCAGUGUCCAGCGAGGAAGUGUCCAGUUUCUCAGCGUCGCACCCGGUGAUCCCACCACUCCUGGGUACCCCUCUAAGCCGGGCGUGCCACGGAUGCCAGUCGAUGGAGCUAUCCCAAGCAUCCCAUCUUUACCCAUAUCUUUCGUAGAGGCGCUGCCUAUACUGGGGGCUCUGAAUGGAGUCGGUCCUCAAGCUAAGGACUUCGGCAAAUAUUGGACCCGGAACACCGGCCUCGGUCAUAAAGGAAUCAAAUACAACGUCGGCCCCUCGCCAGACAACGUUGUCCUCAACCUCUAUAAUGAACAAGACUACACCAUUACCCCGAUGUGGGAUGUCAUCGGCAUCAUCAAUGGGACCAUCCCCGAUGAAGUGAUUGUCGUCGGUAACCAUCGGGAUGCGUGGAUUGCCGGCGGGGCGGGCGACCCUAAUAGCGGAUCUGCCGUACUAAAUGAAGUAAUCCGUAGCUUUGGCCAGGCUCUAGAAAAUGGUUGGAAGCCUUUGCGAACCAUCGUCUUUGGCAGUUGGGAUGGUGAAGAGUACGGGCUGGUUGGCAGCACCGAAUGGGUGGAGGAAUAUCUACCAUGGCUUUCCGAUGCCAACGUCGCUUACAUUAAUGUCGACGUAGGUGUUCGCAGCCCCGUAUUCUCGGCCUCUGCAGCUCCUUUACUGCAUAACCUUCUUUACGAUGUGACUGCUUUAGUGCAGUCACCUAAUCAAACUGUCAAGGGCCAGACUGUGCGUGACCUUUGGGAUGGGCAUAUCAGCACGAUGGGAAGCGGCAGUGACUUUACGGCUUUCCAAGAUUUUGCUGGUAUCCCCAGUCUGGACAUGGGUUUCGGCGGACAAACUGGUGGAUCCCCCAUCUACCAAUACCACAGCAAUUAUGAUAGCUAUCAUUGGAUGUCCGAGUUUGGGGACCCUGGAUUUGUAUAUCAUAAGGCGAUGGCGCAGGUUCUUGGUCUUGUUACUGCAAAACUAGCCGAAACGCCAGUUAUCGCGCUGAACGCAACGGAUUAUGCCGAAGCACUAAAGGGUUAUAUUCGAAAUGUCGAAGAGAAAUUUGAGGACACCGAUCUAGAACCUUCCACCGAAGAAGAAAUCUUCCAGUUUAGAUCUCGAAAUGUUGGCACCGAGACCAAGGGCGACCCAGCCCUUCUUCGCAAGGCCCUGGGGCACUUACACCAGUCUGCCAUUGACUUGAAGGAGGCUGCAGUUAAGUUGGAUGCUAAAGCCGAUGAGCUAGCGGAGAAAGCGAAUGAACACAUUCCCUGGUGGAAGUGGAUCAGCAAGCUCAAGCUGCUCCACGAGAUUCGGUUCACCAACGCUAAAUAUAAGAAGAUUGAACGUGCUUUCCUAUACCCAGGCGGCUUAGACGGCCGGCCUUGGUUCAAACACGUCGUCUUUGCACCUGGCAUAUGGACCGGUUAUGCGGGAGCUGUAUUCCCUGGGCUGGUGGAAAGCAUCGACAACAAAGACAUUUACAAUGCUUUGAAGUGGGUUGACAUCAUUGACGAGUGCAUCAAGUCUGCCACCAAGACGAUCAAGUGA